AUGGUCUGUGAGAAAUGUCAGUGCUCCUUCAUGGACAGACUCGUUGAGGCAGAGUCGAUGUCUGAAGCCGACCUGGCAAAGAUCUUUCGACACAUGCUCCUGGGGGUCUCCCACACACACGGAGUUGGCAUAGUUCACAGAGACAUAAAGCCUGACAACUUCCUUUGGGGUGGUCCAGACAAUAGCGUGCUUAAGCUUUGCGACUAUGGUCUGGCUGUCAUGAUGCCCAAGACUGGCAAGCUUAGUGGAGUUUUUGGUACCGCCCCAUACAUGGCUCCAGAAAUGCUGCGGAAUGAAGGGUACGACUUUCUGGCAGAUGUCUGGUCUAUAGGCUCCGUAGCCUACCUGCUGGUCUAUGGCAGCUUUCCGUACUCGCCUUCCGAGGCUAGUGCGCCAGCCAUGAAGAAAGCAAUCAUCGAGGAUCAUCCAGCACUCCAUUUUCCAUGUCUCAGUGAUGCUCAGGGCGUAGUGUCCGGAUCGCUGGUGGGAGCAUUGGAUUUCACGAAGAUGCUGCUGAAGCGCUCGGCCAAGCAGCGACCUACCGCUGCAGAGGCGCUGAGGCACGAAUUUGUGGCGGAGAAGGUUGUGAAGAUCCCCGAUGCCAAUGAGUUUGAUCCAUUGUUGCGUAAGAACGCGCACAAAGCUAGAUCGCUCACGCAGCAGAUGCGUCAAAAGCGCGAUUCCACGGUACAGCAUGGCAUCGACGAUCUGCUGAAGAAGUUGAUCGUGAAGAACGGAGGAGACAUCAGCAGUUCCAACAUCUUCUUCUCUGAGGGUGAUGAGAAGCUUGAUCAGGAAGAGGAGGAGCCACGGAGCAUGGAGCCGCGAAUGAAGCGGCGAAGCUCCAGACGCGAUGUCAAGCACUCUACGCACUCUGGAGUCAUAGACCAGUUCGGCAGCUUGAAAUUCGACAUGAGUCCCAACAGCGCGGUAGACUCGCGGGCCUCGGGCAAGAGUGCCCCAGGGGAUGUCCGGAUCCCGGAGCCUUCAUUGGACUUUUCUACCUUGCACUAG